AUGUCGGGAUUUCUGGACGGAAUCCGCUGCGGAGACUGUGAAUGCAACGUGGACUGGGGGGAGAGGAGGAACACCAUCGCCUCCAUAGCUGCAGGAGUCCUGUUUUUUACAGGUUGGUGGAUCAUCAUCGAUGCGGCUGUGAAAUAUCCCAGUGAGGGAGACUUUCAUCACGCCUAUCACACGUGUGGCGUCAUAGCAACGGUGGCCUUUCUCAUAAAAGCCAUCUGUGUACCCGGGGGUUUGGUCUUCAAGUUUGGACGCACAGAGGAUCUCUGGCAGUGA